CCCGGCAUUUGGUUCGUGUUCAGCGGUGGAAGGCGCGCAGACCAGCGUCCUUGCUUCAGCUGCCGGGCGGUCGAGGCAGCGGUGCUUCGUCUCGCGGCCUCGUUUGUGGAGACUGGUUUUUCAAGUGGCGCCGGCAUUUGGAACAUCAAGUGUGUCUCCAUCAAGCUGUUGUCGUGACCUAUCCUGAGCCAUGUGUCCCGUGGUUCUGCUGGCGCUGUUGUUGAGCCUUCUGUUGCUUUUGCUCGAGGUUGUGGCCGCGCUGUCCGUGGCCUUCAACCCAGCGCGCGUGGAGAAGUUGAAACAAGGCGACCUGGCGCGUGUCUCGUUUUCCGCACCCGCUCUGGAGCCACGAUUCUUCAGCGUCGCCUCGGACAAUCCGUAUGUGGCAUCGGUGGCCGAUCUAAAUGUGACUGAAACUGGCGCUUUUGUCAACGGGACGUUUGCCGUGAAGGGGAACUUUCUGGGUCACGCUAAGGUGCGCGUUGUGACCAAUGGCACUGAGUCGAACGAGUUUCUUCCCGUCAGCGUAGUGCGGAAGCAGAACAGACUCUCCUUAAUAUUCACGGUAUCCGUGGCCGUGCUAGUUUCAUUAAACUACAUCAACAUGGGUUGUGCUUUAGACAUGGAAGUUGUGAAAGAUGUGCUGCGAAGACCUAUAGGCCCAGUGGUGGGCUUCUUCAGCCAGUAUCUUGCCAUGCCUUUGGUGGCUUAUGGAAUGGCACAGUGGCUUUUCGAAGAAGCUUACCUGCAGCUAGGACUUUUCACAUUUGGCUGUUCCCCUGGCGGAGGAGCUAGCAACAUGUGGACGGUUCUUCUUGGUGGUAACCUGAACUUAAGCAUUGCCAUGACCUUCAUCAGCACCAUUGCUUCUUUGGGCACUAUGCCCCUCUGGCUGUUCACACUUGGACGCAACCUGUUCCAAGAGGCAUCGCUGCGCAUUCCCUUCCGCAACAUAUUCACCACAUUGGUGUCAAUGACGCUGCCACUCGGUGUUGGUCUGGCCCUGCAGCGUUGGCGGCCCAAGGCUGCUGACGUGUGCAAGCGCUUGCUGGCCCCAGUGUCCGUGGCCAUGAUAGUGUACAUAGUUGUGUUUGGCACAUAUGCCAACCUGUACAUGUUCCAGCUGAUGAGCUGGCAAGUACUGUUGGCUGCAGCAGCCAACGUCUGGGUAGGCUUUGCAGUGGGUGCCCUGGCCACCCGAUGUGCAGGCCUCCCGUGGGCUGACGUGCUCGCAGUGUCCAUAGAGACUGGCGUCCAGAACACGGGCAUUGCCAUUGUGUUGCUGGGCUUCUCCCUGCCUCAGCCGGAGGCAGACAUUGCAUCAGUGGUGCCUGUGGCGGCCUCCAUUGUGACUCCCAUCCCACUGCUGCUGCUGCUGCUGGGGCAGAAGGUGUACAGCCGCUGCUGUCACCGGGCCGACGCAGUGGCGGACGCAAAAGGUGUGGCAGCCUUUGCUGAGGUAGGCGCCGCGGGUGAUGUGGAGGAGAAGCGGGCAUUGACAGUCUGCAACGGAACAGUAGCCAACGGCACGCUCGGUGGCGGGAAGGCUGCUGAGGCCAGCUACGGUGACGAUCCUGAGCGGCUGUGAUGUGUUGUUGGUGUGACUUGGUGUCCCUCGCUCCUGUUCCCUGUGCACCUGCUGUGGCCUUGUUUUGGGGGUUGCCUGUCUUUCCAUCCUUUCCCUACAAGCACACGCUUUGAACACUUGGGAGGAGAUUCAGUUGCUUACUACUGACACUGUUGGCCUGCACAAUAUUUUAACCAAUAAGUGUGCCCAAGAGCAAGCUGAAAUUAUGAGUCAGAAGUAUUCUCAAUUUUAUAUGUGUCAUGUUUUUUUAUGAGCCAAUUCUAUUGAGAGACAAGAAGCGCUUGCAACAUCAUAUUUCAUAUUUUGUAUGAUCUUGAGAAAAGACUUGUGCAUUUAAUCAUACACCCUUAAGUUUACCACUUCUUCAUUAACUUCCCUAACCUGCUUGCUUUGCCAAAUAUAGGGACACACAUGCUUACGGAACCUAGUGAUAAGUUGAGAUAGUAAAAUCUAUUUACCUUUUGAAGCAUGAUAAUGUGAGUAAAAAAUAAAACAUUUAAGAGGUGAUGCGGGGCCGAAAGGUAAACUUAUGAGCUGAUGUGCCAAUUUUAAUGAAAUUUUGCAUGAGGCUUUGUCUUCUUGUCAUUAGAACAUGUAGCAAAUUUGAUUAACCUAGCACAAAUACAAAAAAAAAGUUAUGCAUGUCCCAUUGAGCAAAUGAUUGUGUCAUCUUAGGAAAACUAUAAUUUUCACAACUAUAAAGCUAGAUGAAGGUUUUUUGAAUAAAUAUCUUCUGGACACCCGAUAUUACUAGAUAGAAGCAGCUGCUUGCAAUUUUAUGCAUUUUGUAGGAACCGCAUUGCUAGAAAGCUAAAGUGGUGUUUAUUUUCUUUAACUGUAAUCCAGAAAUAUUUACUUGCUAUGUCCAUAGUCAUGUUCCUCACAUGUAUUCAGCCUAGAAACAAUUUUAGAAACAGUUUUCACCUUUGCUGUUUCAAAGCAGUAGUUUCCUAAAAGUGUGAAUUGGCCAGAAAGUGCUUAUAGAGAAAAAUCACUUCAAAGGUCUCAAAACAUGCCAAAACAUAUGCAACUGUUGGAUAAGAAGCUCGUUUUCUUCUCUUCUAUCAUGCAAAUAAGCAAACUUAGCAAGAACCUCCUUUAUAUGCUUAGAAAUCAAAAACACAAAAUUGGGAAAUGUGGGGUUCUGAUGAAAAUUGUAAUUUUAGCCCCGCAUCCCCCCUUACAACUAACAAAUUUCUGUAAGCAUUUGAUUUUUUUUCUUAGUGCAUGCUGCCAUCUUGCAUUCAGGAGGAAUGUGUGUUGCUUACAUUGUAAGCGGCCUAUUCUGGCCUCUGUUUUUCCUUCUUCCUGGCUGCAGUGGGCUCAGUGCAGUUACGUGGUCCGACCUUCAUUUCAAUACGUACAGCUGUUGACAUGUUUAAGAGAGGUAUAUUUGCAUAGGCAUUUUUAUGCUUCAAUUUAAUGCAGGAGGCAUGCUGUUAUGGUGGACCCAACAGGCAUAUCUUAUAGUGUGUGCCAAACAUUCUUAUAUUGAAAAAAAAAAAGAACAGAAGCGACCUGGUAGCUAGCAGAAUGCUAUAGUUAGUGUGCAAGAAUGUCACUUUGUCUUUUGUGUCUGCAUAAUUCUUUUACAGAGAUCUCUGAAACUUAAAACUUAAGCCUGGACAGCUUCAUUUGUUCACUGCACUACAAAUAGCUGUCGUGCAUCUUGCUUUGCAACUGCAGAGGAAAUUGAGUUCGACGAUCUGACUUUUAACGUAGUAAUGACAGCUUUGAAGAAUCUCGUAUCAGCAGGAACCAUUUUAUUUCUUUUUUAAUAUAAUUAAAAGUGCUUGUGAAAUCUCUCAGUACACUGUGAUAGCCUGUUUUGUUCAUAUUUGAUUUCUGGCUCAAGUUUACUUUGUUAUUCAUAGUGCACCAGGUUUUGACACCAAAUUGAAAUCCAUGCUUUUUAAUUUAAUAAUGUAGUACUUAGCAGUGAUGGCCAACUUUUUUCCCACAUGACAAGCCUUUUUCCAGCACCACUUGAGAACUUGUAAGAGAGAUGUGGUGGAGGAUAAACUUGCAUCGUGGUUGCUUU